CCUCAGCCCUUGUCGCCCAUUGCCAUCCCCCGCUGUGAUAUAUCCGUGCCUGAUUCACUAUAAAAGUUGGACAAAGCGAGGUGAAUCUCAAGAGGCCCAAGGCUCCCACACGCUAGGGCGUUUCGGGAAAAGCGCGAUUCUCUUCCACCAAAGCUGCUCCUCCCACCAACGCCAUAUCUACCUGCCUAGGCUACUUCACCAACUCCUCCGUCACCAUCCCACACCCAUCCCCACCAACCAACCAACCAACCCAACUCAACCCACCACAUCCUCCAAUUCUCUCUCUUAUUAAUCUCCGCUCCGUCUCCUCCAUCUUCCACCUCUCACUCGAUACAUAAUCCAAAUACUCAAGCAAGAUGUCCACCGAGAAAGCAUCCACCAUUACCCUCACCUCCAACGAUGGCGUCUCCAUUGAGGUUGAUCGCCAGGUUGCUGAGCGCUCCAUGCUGAUCAAGAACAUGAUGGAGGAUCUUGGAGAGGGCGCCACUGCUACCGCCGUUCCUAUCCCGAACGUCAACGAGUCUGUCUUGAAGAAGGUUAUUGAGUGGUGCGAGCAUCACAAGAACGACCCCCAACCCGCCCAGGACGACGAUUCCGACUCGCGCAAGAAGACGACCGACAUUGAGGAGUGGGACCAGAAGUUCAUGCAGGUCGAUCAGGAGAUGCUUUUUGAGAUCAUCUUGGCCUCCAACUACCUCGACAUCAAGCCCCUCCUUGACGUUGGCUGCAAGACCGUUGCGAACAUGAUCAAGGGCAAGUCCCCCGAGGAGAUCCGCAAGACGUUCAACAUCACGAACGACUUCACCCCCGAGGAGGAGGAGCAGAUCCGCCGUGAGAAUGAGUGGGCCGAGGAUCGUUGAGGUGCUGAAGUGGAAGUCAUCUGAGUCAUCUUAUGACGCGGGGAGACAUUCGCGCGGCAUCGAU